UCUGUUUUCUUUCUGCUCCAUUUUAAGUUUGUGCUAACUUGCCCCCGACCCCGCAACUGCUCACGACCUCCGGUCAAAGUCAACCUUUCCCACCGCGUGGAGUGAGUUGGGAUGCAUACUCGGGAGUUGCAUAAAAGUGUUUUGAGAAAGGGAGAUGCAGAGUUGAAUAAAAGUGUUUUCCGGGAGGGGCCUAGCGGAAAGCAGCAGGUGGCCGAGGCGGGUGGAACCCAGCACUGGCGUAGAGCGUCUCCGGCGUGGGCAUUCGGUCCAGCGAGUCUGUGGGAAUCUUGGAUGCGCGGAGGUUCCGAGACCGCGGUGACUGACGGGGCUGCAAUCGUGGCCAGCAUAAUUGAUCGCUUAGAUGGAGUUCGUUUGUUGUCCUCCCUGCUGAAAAAUCCUCACCCAGCCGUGAAGGCCAGCGCAGCUUGGGCACUCUGUCCAUGCAUCGAAAAUGCAAAGCUUCUACUGGAUAUGGUUGGGUCCCCUGACCAGGAUCUCCAGGAAGCUGCAGCUGGUUGUAUAUCCAAUAUCCGCAGGCUGGCUCCUGCUACAGAAAAGGCCAGAUACACUUGAAAUUUAAAUGGACAUUACAAGCUAUCAAAUUCUACAUGACACAGGACAUGUCACUCCCAUGGCCAGAAAGCCUAAAUUGGGAAACAUUUAUUAGCAAACCCUUUCAACCGUCUAACCCUUUCAACCGUCUAAAUGAAAACACACAAAUUGAAAAUGCACAGAAUGUUUUUCAUCUGAAAAUUGCAUGGAGACUUUUGUUUCCAUUUAAUGUUUUAGAGAUACGGCAUGUAGUAAGAUGGAAAGCCAAUAAACCUCUGAUAAGUUUCUAAGAACUCGAGAAUAUAUGUAUACAGUGUAUAUAUAUAGAGAGAGAGUUCAGUGAUGCUUUUGUAUUUGUGGCAAUUGUAAUAAAGGAUAUGGCCCUCCCAA